UAAUCAAUUAUAGCUUUUUAAUUUCACGAGUAAUAAAAUGAAUAAUAAUUUAUACAAAGUAUUAUUUUUCCAGACAAAUAAUACGCUAGACUUGAACCUCUUAAUUUAUACGAGUAAUUGUAUAUUUCUGAUUAGUGAAUUCUAUGUUUAUGUAUGCAUCAUUUUUGAGAUUUGUAGGUGUCAACUUGUUUAUGAGAAAAAGUCGUGUAACGAAAAAAAAAAAAAAGAUUUGUUUAUAAACUCAACUUGAAUACGGAGUAUAAUAAUUGAUAAGCUAUAAACACAAGAAAAAAAAUUUAAAUGUAAUUUUUUUAAAAAAAGUAAAAGCCUAGGUAUAACUGCCAAACUGCAAGUGCAAGCUACGAUAUGUAUGUAAAAAAAGGCAUACACCACUCUCUCUAUCCAUCCAUCCAUCCAUCUUACGCACAAUGUCACCCCCACCUACUAAUUAGACGGUUAACACUAAAUCAUGAGAGAUGAAGUCUUUUCGAAAGCUCCUCUUCAUCUUCUCAAUUAUCAUUACUUCUAUCUUAUGAUUAUAAAGAAAUUACAUUAUCAUUUCUCAACUACUACAUCAUUUCCAACUACAACCUUACUUGAUAUUAAUCCUUUUACUCACUUUAUACCUAAGCACCCUCAUACCCUUCCUCUUUUUUUCCUUGCACGCUCGGAUCGAAUCCGUCGUAAGUUUCUUGAUUCCUCUAGCUAGCGGUGUCUCUAGCAUCCGUAGCUGGUUCGACUUGAAUACCAUGUCUUCCUUGGCCACUCCUACCCGUAUGCAUUUACUUCCUGUUAUACCAGAAAAUGGAGUAAAGAAAAAUCUUGGCGGACAACGCAAAUUACAAGAGUUACAACAAGAGGUAACGGUGCUCCAAAACUUGUUAAACCACGAGGAGCAAGUUCGUGAGAUUUUGCAACAAGUUUAUAAUCGAAAAGCUGGCAUGCCAUUGCACAUCCCGGAUCAUCUUCCUCGUAAGAUGAAAGAGCUUUUAUCUGAAUUGGUGAUGGUUGAGGAUGAAAUUGUUGGACUUGAAACUCAAAUCGAGCAUCUUCGAAAAGAUGUUAAAGCCGAGCAAGAAGCAUCAAAACAAGUAAAACCAAAGCAGCAUUCAUCGCAGUUGCGAAACAAUACAAGUAUGGUAAAAUACAAUCAGCAGCACACGCAACAAAGAGCCAACAACAACAACUAUAACAACAACAAUGAUCAGCGGAUUGGUUACGAAACUAGGGCUUUACAUUUCAUUAGUAAAGCCAUUAAUGGAAGUUAUAGUCUUACUGACUUUACAAUCAAUGAGAAGGAUAUUGGAAGCCCGAUAGGAGGAGGGAAUUUAUCCCCAUACAUUCAGCCAACUUCCAAGCAAAGUGGACUACAAGAUCAAAGAGUGACAAAGAGAAGUGGUGUUCAAAAGCCUACUGCUUCGCCCUUGCGAAACUUCAGAGAUCCUACUCCUUUUAAGCCAAAAGAAAGGAGUGUAGAAGUUCGAGUUGAUCCUCCUCAAAAAUCAAUAGGGUCAACACAGUUGGAAGAGAGUAAUGGAACAAAAUGGCAACCCAAUAAAUUGUCUGAAAACAUAAUGAAAUGUUUAAUCCUCAUUUAUGUGAGAUUAAUUAGAAUAUCAAGGCAAAGUGAGCUAGACAAAUCUGGCCCUAUAUCAAGAUCCAUGUACUCUUCAUUAAGCUUCAGGACCGAGCCAGGGGUGAACUUGUCAACAAGCCUCAUAAAGGAGUCGAAACAACAAGAUCCAUACGGCAUUUUCGAUAUUGAAGGGGCUAUACCAAGGGACAUUGGUCCUUACAAGAACUUGGUUGUUUUUUCUUCAAGUUGCUUAGACCCGAAAUUUGUCUCUAAUUCAAGCUCCAUUCCAUUGUUCCAAAAGCUCAAGGGAUUAUUCAACAGCCUUCAGAAGGUGGACCUCAAAUCCUUGUCAGAUCAACAAAAACUUGCAUUUUGGAUCAACAUUUACAACGCUUGCAUAAUGCAUGGAUUUCUCAAGUUUAGUGUGCCUUCUAGCGCAGAAAAGUUGCUCAAUUUAUUGAACAAGGCAACAUUGAAUGUAGGAGGAAAAGUUGUGAAUGCACAAGCUAUAGAACGUUGUAUUCUAAGGAAACCAACACUCAUGUCUUCUAAAGAUGGAAAGGAAGCCAUAAUCCACGAACUAUACGGUCUCAACACCGUGAAUGCUAAUGUCAUCUUCACCCUAUGUUGUGGAACUCGAUCUUCUCCCGCUGUAAGGAUAUACACAGCUGAAGGAGUGACAUCGGAGCUAGAGAAAUCAAAACAAGAGUACCUACAAGCUUCAAUAUCGGUGACAAACUCGAAAACGAUAUGGUUACCGGAGCUACUAAUACAAAACAUGUAUGAUUUUGCAACGGACACGGAUUCCUUAGUAGAGUGGGUUUGUCAUCAGUUGCCUACAUCAAUUUCACUCAGAAAAUCAAUUGUGGACUGUUACAAGGGCACCAGCAAUAGUGGUAGAGUAAUUAAUAAUGGUAUUAAUAUUGAGAAAAUGCCAUAUGAUUUUGACUGUCAAUAUUUGUUACAAGUAUAGUUAACUAAAUUUAGCUCAAUUAUUGGAUUUUGUUUUUAUCAAAUGAAGGGCUUUUAGUAUCAAUCUAUUAUUCUCUUUGUUUCUUCUA